GCAGACGACGACUCGACCUCCGACAACCAACGAAAUGGCCCCCAAGAACACCACCGGUCCCGCUAAAGGCGCAAAGAAGCCCAGCAAGCCCUCGGCCAAGGCCGGCGCUGCCGCUAAGGCUGCUCUUCGUGGCGUCAACUCGCACAAGGUCCGCAAAGUCCGCCUGUCGACCACCUUCCACCAGCCCAAGACCCUCAAGCUCUCGCGCGCUCCCAAGUACCCCCGCAAGAGUGUCCAGGCCGAGACCGGUGUCGAGCAGCACAAGGUCCUGAUCCACCCUCUCAACACCGAGUCUGCCAUGAAGAAGAUCGAGGAGAACAACACCCUCGUCUUCAUCGUCGACACCAAGGCCAACAAGCGCCAAAUCAAGGACGCCCUCAAGAAGCAGUACGACGUUGACACCGUCAAGAUCAACACCUUGAUCCGCCCCGACGGCACCAAGAAGGCCUUCGCCCGUCUUACACCCGACGUCGAUGCCCUUGACAUUGCCGCCACCAAGCUCAACAUUGUUUAAAUUAGUCUCAAAGAAGGACAAUUUUUACUCUUGCGCUCCGGUUAUGAUUAUGGUCUGCUCAAAACAAAAAGCAUUGGCGUUACGUGGGUGUGGGUGGCUGCAAGGAAGCAGGCCCCUUUUCGAUACCAGGGAGAGAUCCCAAAUCUAGUUCAUUCAUGCCCUCGC